AUGAAUUAAUCCAAUGAAGAAAUCUCUAUCAUCAAAUAAUCAUACAUCACAAAGUAACCAUUCUAAAAAACUUGGGUUUUAUGGUUGGCCCUUGCAUUGGCAUGCUUAUUAUUAUUUGGAGAUGCUUAUGCCUUUGAUAAUCCAAUGGCUCUUUAAUCCACUAUUUAAAGCUAAAUGGGAUUAAACAAUGUAUAAUUUAAUAUGUUAUAUUCAAUUUAUUCUGCCCCCAAUAUAAUUCUUCCUUUUUUUGGAGGAAUUUUAAUAGAUAAGAUUGGAGUGAGAGUUAGUAUAUUUAUAUUUUCUACUAUUUUAAUUUUUGGAUAAGGAAUUGUAGUUAUAGGAGGAUACACUCUCUCUUAUGGUACUCUUUUAGCAGGUAGAUGUAUAUUUGGAAUUGGAUCUGAAAGUUUGAAUGCUGCUUAAGCUGCAAUAAUGUCAAAAUGGUUUGAAGGUGGAAUGGUAAGUUUGGCUUUAGGAUUAUGUCUUUCCAUACCUAAAUUGGGAAGUGCUAUGAAUUCUUUUGUAAGUCCUAUAAUAUAAGCAAAUCAUAAUGAACUAGGUUUUACAUUUUUGGUUGGAUUAUUUAUUGUUUUAUUUUCUUGGGGUUGUGGUUUAUUGUUAAUUUAUUUGGAUAAAAAAAAUGAAGAUCUUAUGAAAGAAUAUAUGAAAAUAAAUCCUUAAAUUAUAGCAACAGUUAAAGAGAAAAGUGAAUCAUCAGAUACUUUAUCACAAGAAUUAAGUUUACAAUUAAGAACAAAUGGAAAUCAUAAUUAAUCUGUUGAUAGUAGUGAUUAUUCUGAAUCAUUUCUUUAAGAUGAAGAUGAAGAUGAUAAUGAUGAUGAAGAAGAAUAAAAUCAUAAUGUUCAUGAUGCAAAAGAAGAAAUUAAAUUAUCUGAUUUAAAAAAUCUAGAUGGAUCUUAUUGGAUUCUAUCAUCCAUCAUUAUGUUGAGUGAAGCUUUGUUUGUGCCUUUUUUAGAUAAUGGUAACGCAUUUUUUUAAGUUAAAUUUGGAUUUAGUCAAUAAUCAGCAGGAGUACUUUUAACAAUUCCAUAUGUAUUUGCUGCCCUUGUUACUCCAAUCAUUGGCAUAUAUUCAGAUAAAAUUAGAUAAAGAUCUUUACUCAUAGUUCUCACAACGGUUAUUUUUAUUGUAACUCAUUUAUGUUUACUCCUAAUUCAUUGUGAUGUAAAUAUUAUUUCUAUUAUUUUUAGAGUGCAUGUGGAGUAUCUGCAUUACCUUUAUUAUCUCUUGGAUUAUGUUACUCAUUUUAUUCAGCAAUCCUAAUUCCUUCUAUUCCAUUAGUUGUUAAACCUUAAAUGAUUGGUAUUAUUUUUAUUUUCUAUUUAAGGAACUGCAUUUGGUCUAUUGGGAGUUAUGUAAAAUACUGCCUUGGCUCUCUUUCCAUUAAUUACUGGGAGCAUUUACAAUGGACAUGUCAUUAAUGAAUAUGGACAAUUAGAUCCAUUUGAAGGGUAUUAUAAUUAUUUAUAGAUUUAGUUAUGUUUACUAAUCUUACUUCUUUGUUGGAGUCAGCUUUUUUAACUGUAUUAUCGCUAUUAGUUUAUAUAUAUUUGAUAAGAAUGGUAGCUAAAAAUUAAGCAAACUUAGAAAUAAGAAGUUAUGA